CACGUGGGCGGAGGGAGGGGAGGGGGGGGGUGAACACGCGCGAGUAACGGCUUUUCUGGCAGUGGCUCAAUGACCGGACUCGCGGCCGAAUGGCCGUCCCGCGGCACCUGGACAUGGGAUGAACUGAGAUUUUUAGCAUCAGCACUUGGCUUUCCUAGAAACCUUUUUGUUGGUUGUAUUCCAGCUGAUGUUGUGCGUCUGACAUCUGGAAUAAACACGGAGGAAUUAUACAAACUUCUGCAACAGGGCUGUUUUAAUGCAGCCAUGAACUUAACCUGCCUGAUGAAAAGUAACCAGUAUAAUAUUCUUGUUAUCAAGAAGUGCCUUGAGCUUCUAGACUGCAGGAUUCUCAGCUUCAGUGAGAUCCGUAAUGUGAGACUUGCCUUUUCUGCCUAUGAACAUUUGGACCAGUAUGGGAUGGAAAUAGACCAGCACACUUUAAUGAGAGCUCUCAAAAUGUGUUCUCGAUCGGUAGCUCCAGAGAAACUGAUGCACAGAGUCAAACAUUGGAAAGAAACCUAUGAUAGGAGUAAUCGCAUUCAACUUUUUGAGUUCAUGGACUUACUCACAAUCACCGAACCAGUGGAAAAUGUUUCCAUAAAAGAGGAGAAGAUUGGAGUUAUAGAAAAAGACAGUAAAAACUUAUAUAAGCUGAAAGACUCAAAGCUACUGCUGCAAACUCCUGAUGAAAAGUUAGCGAGGCAUCUCAAUAAGCAGUUUUAUCAAGAAGAAAGGAAUUAUGGAAUAGUCACGACAAAGAGCAGGAGGUUCACUGAGCAUCCAAUCCUGACCACCUACAGGCAGCAUGCAAUAAAAUUACAUCACAAACAGUAUCAAUUGCUGAAAAACUCUCUGGAGACAUGCCAUGACCAGGUCAAACUGGAAAAAGGAAGUGGGAUUCGGCAAUACGUACCAUCUCUGCUUCCCUUUCCACAAAAGUCCAAGUCUGAUUGGCCCAGGAGGAGGGGGUCCUUGUGCAAUAUAUGGAGUCAGCCUACCAGUGCAUUGCAGGAGAAACAGAAGUGUGCAGAGGACAAGGAUCAGUGGGUUUGGGUGGUACCUGUGAUUCAGCUGAAGACAAGAAUGCCCAUACCUCAACCUAUGCCACCUUUAAUUUCUGAUGGAGAAGUAAAAGCAGUACAGAAGAAGAAAGAGCUACUCCAGUAUGAGAUGACCACUUUGCAAGAUCGAACAUUAUUGGAACUAAACUGGAAGUUGGAUUAUUAUGUGCCCGGUUACAGGAAAGGAGCAGGUUCCAGAAGAGCAAUAGAGAAAGUUCAAGCACCAAAAAUCAAGAAAAAACCUCAACAGGAACCUAAUGUGUUUGAGAGGUUACUAAUGGCCCCCAAGAAGAGAGAGCGUUUCCCUUGUUGUCCUGCAAAAUGUGGUAUUGCAAAACCGGAAAAAAAAGUAAGAAAACCAAAAAUACCAGAGGUCAACGUCAAAGAAUCCUUAAUUAUCAGUGAAGGACCGACCCAGGAAAAUAUUCUGCCGGAAUCUCAUGCUACAGUAGACAUAGAUAGCCUUGGUAGUCUUAAUAUCCAUCAUCUUUUCAGUAACAUCAACUCAUUUGCAGAUACGUCCCUUUUUUCAGUGAAAUUAUCAACAUUUACCGCAAGCCAACUGUUAAGUGAAAGCCAACUGUUAAGUGAAAGCAAACUGUUAAGUGAAAGCAAACUGUUAAGUGAAAGCAAAGAGUCAGCUGCGAUUGCAGGCUCUGAUGUGGAUCUGUAACUGAUAUCUCAGUAGGAUAUGGUCAUGAUACACAUCCUGUUUACUUCUAUGAUUCCAUACUUCUGAGACUCAAUGAGUGUCAGUGAACCAGUCAAUUACACAUUAAACAUCGUUGUUAAAGGUAUUUAAAACAGGUGAUAACCAAGAAACUGAAUGCAAAGUGCUUUUCACAAUCAAUAAACUAACAGGAU